AUAUAGAGCAAUUCCAUGUUAGUCUGGGGGAAAGAGAGAGAGAGAAUCCCGUGUCCGAGAGCCGCACUUCACCUAAAACAACUUUAAUCUGAGCGUGAGAACCGAAAGAAUCAGAGCACUGGAGUUUAUUCACUGCACUGCAGCAUGCAUGGGAAUCAUUUGAUUCACUCACUCCAGGAAAAGCCCAUUUAGUCUGCAACUUCAUGAUUUCAAAGCCGGGAUUAUUUUUUUUGAAACACUAUAUUCCUACCUGUCAGAUAAUAUGUUUUAAACGAUUCUUUGAAGUCUGAAGUGUCUCGGUGCAGUGAGCUUGAAGGACGAUCCUGGCUGUCUCCUGGCUGGACUCGGUACCCGUGUUAGAUCGAGAAAUUGUGUGUGACUCCUUUACCGAGUAUUAUCGGUGUGCGCGGCUUAUUUCCACACUAGAGGCGCCGCCUUUGCUCUGAACACACACACACAGGUGCCAGAGAGACACACACACUUCCGAUUGAGUAUUCGAGUAAAUGCAGAUCAGCGAGGAUCACCCAGGACUUUACGCGGCACCGAGUUGGAUUUACAAAGCAGAUUUGUCCCUGUGUGACAACAUGAUGGAUGCAUGCAUGAGGGCGCGCGAGAUCAAUACACCUAAUUAAUCAAUACCCUCUAAGCGCACGUGAAGAUCAGCUCCGCUGGAUGUGUAUGACCGCAUCUCUAUCACCAGGUGGCUUUUCAAGUGCGUGUUUCCGAGCGCGUUUCUCCUGUUGGCGCAUAAGGUGUUUUAGGAGCCACUAAGCAAAAGCGCAGAGCGACAAUGCGCGUGCGGGGUUAAUAUAAACUUUGCUUUGCGGCGGAAUCGUCUGGAUCUGGACUCUAAACUCGCGUCCCCUGUACAGAAGAGACUACGUAGACCCCAGAUGGGAGCUGAUCUGGAUUGAAUUGCAAUUUGUUUCCCUUUGUAAAGAAGAAGGGAAAAACAUUCCAGCCGGAGGAGAUUACAAGUGUUUUCUUCUCAAAGAUCAUUUGCUGUGACUCCUCUCGUUUUUGGAUUUAAAGCUCCUGCGCCUGAUUUGGUGCAACUGUUUCGCACCAGGAAUUUCGUGCGUUUUAUUAAAACUCGGAGGAAACAGCCGUAAUGUUUGUGUUGAAAGCAGUGGUUCUCUGUGCAUUGCUCAGCGGGGCUGGGGCUCAGUCGUGCCCGUCUCAGUGCUCCUGCAGCGGGACAGCGGUGGACUGCCACGGGCAGAAUCUGCGGAGCGUGCCGCGGAACAUUCCCCGCAACGCCGAGCGACUUGACCUGAAUGCAAACAAUCUGACUAAAAUCACAAAGGCAGACUUCGCGGGACUACGGCACCUCAGAGUUCUGCAGCUAAUGGAGAACAAGAUCAGUUCUAUUGAGAGAGGGGCAUUUCAGGACCUGAAAGAGCUGGAAAGACUGCGUCUCAACAGGAAUAAUCUUCAGGUUCUUCCGGAGUUGCUGUUUCUAGGCUCAACCAAACUCUUCAGACUAGACCUGAGUGAAAAUCAGAUCCAGGGGAUUCCCAGAAAAGCAUUCAGAGGAGCUACUGAGAUCAAAAACUUGCAGCUGGACUAUAAUCAGAUUUCCUGCAUUGAAGACGGAGCGUUCAGAGCUCUGCGGGACCUAGAAGUACUCACACUGAACAACAACAAUAUAUCUCGUUUGUCAGUGGCCAGUUUUAAUCACAUGCCCAAGCUUAGGACAUUUCGUCUGCACUCAAAUAGUCUGCUGUGUGAUUGUCAUGUGGCCUGGCUCUCUGAUUGGCUGAGACAGAGGCCCCGCCUUGGCCUCUACACACAGUGUAUGGCUCCGCCCUCCCUGAGGGGCCACAACAUUGCUGAGGUUCAGAAGAAAGAGUUUAUGUGUACAGACUUCAGUGAAGGGCCCCAGUCACACUCGUCCUGUAGUGUGCUGCAGUGUCCUGAGCUGUGCACCUGCAGUAAUAAUGUAGUGGACUGCCGAGGGAAAGGACUGACUGAAAUACCCACCAGCCUGCCAGAAACCAUCACUGAGAUCCGACUGGAGCAGAACUCCAUCAAGGUUAUUCCGCCAGGAGCAUUCGCACCUUACAAACGCCUGCGGAGAAUAGAUUUGAGUAAUAAUCAAAUAACCGAACUGGCUUCAGACUCCUUUCAAGGUCUCCGAUCUUUGAAUUCUCUGGUUUUAUAUGGGAAUAAAAUCAGUGAACUUCCCAAAGGCCUUUUUGACGGACUAUUCUCAUUGCAGCUACUGUUGCUUAAUGCGAACAAGAUCAAUUGUUUGCGCGUAGAUUCUUUCCAAGACCUGCAGAAUCUGAAUCUUCUGUCACUUUAUGACAACAAACUCCAGACCAUUGUAAAGGGAACCUUCUCUUCUCUCCGAGCCAUCCAAACACUUCAUUUGGCCCAGAACCCCUUCAUGUGUGACUGCCAUUUGAAGUGGUUAGCUGACUACCUGCAAGACAACCCGAUUGAGACCAGCGGAGCUCGAUGCACCAGUCCCCGCCGCCUUGCUAACAAACGCAUCGGCCAGAUCAAGAGCAAAAAGUUCCGCUGUUCAGCUAAAGAACAAUAUUUUAUACCAGGGAUUCAUCAUAUCAAUAAGUGUGUGGAGGACUACCGGUCGAAACUAGGUGGGGAUUGCUUCGCAGACCUGGCCUGCCCAGAGAAGUGUCGCUGUGAAGGAACCACAGUGGACUGCUCUGGACAAAAGCUCACAAAGAUCCCGGACCACAUACCUCAAUAUACAGCAGAACUCCGCUUGAACAAUAAUGAAUUUACAGUGCUGGAGGCUACAGGAAUCUUUAAGAAGCUUCCUCAAUUGCGCAAAAUUAACCUCAGUAACAAUAAGAUCACAGAUAUUGAGGAGGGCACAUUUGAGGGGGCCAGUGGAGUGAAUGAACUCAUACUGACGAGCAACCGCUUAGAGAGCGUCCACUACAGCAUGCUGAAAGGCCUUGGCGGUCUCCGCACACUGAUGUUGAGGAGUAACAAGAUAAGCUGUGUCAAUAACAGUAGUUUUACUGGUCUGAGUUCUGUGAGGCUGCUCUCCCUCUAUGAUAACCUGAUCACCUCCAUGUCCCUGGGAGCCUUUGACACACUGCAUUCCCUCUCAACACUGAACUUGCUGGCUAAUCCGUUUAACUGUAAUUGUCAUCUGGCCUGGCUGGGGGAAUGGCUUCGUAAGAAACGGAUCGUUACGGGAAACCCUCGCUGUCAGAGCCCAUACUUUCUUAAGGAGAUCCCUAUUCAAGAUGUAGCCAUUCAAGACUUUGCCUGCGAAGACGGUAAUGAUGAGAAUAGCUGUUCGCCCCUGGCUCGCUGUCCUGCCGAGUGCUCGUGUUUGGAUACGGUGGUUCGCUGCAGUAAUAAAGGACUUAAGCUUUUACCCAAAGGCAUUCCUAAAGACGUUACAGAACUCUAUCUCGAUGGCAACCAGUUCACGCAAGUCCCUCUGGAACUAUCCAAUUAUAAACACCUCACUCUCAUUGAUUUGAGUAAUAACCAGAUGAGCACAUUGUCCAACCACAGCUUCAGUAACAUGUCUGAGCUGCUCACCCUAAUAUUAAGCUACAACAGACUGCAGUGUAUUCCUGUUAAAGCUUUCGACGGCCUCAAGUCUCUGCGCCUCUUGUCUCUCCAUGGUAAUGAUAUUGCUGUGAUCCCAGAUGGAGCUUUCAAAGAUCUGUCCUCGCUCUCCCACCUGGCUCUGGGAGCAAACCCUCUGUACUGUGAUUGUCACAUGCAGUGGCUCUCUGACUGGGUAAAGAGCGGCUACAAGGAGCCUGGAAUUGCACGGUGUACCGGUCCUGGAGAGAUGACCGACAAACUGCUGCUGACUACACCCUCUAAAAAAUUGACAUGCACAGAGGUGCCGGGGACUUGUGGUUUUCCUGUGCCAGGUCCGGUGGUUGUAAGCAUUUUGGCAAAAUGUAACCCUUGUUUAUCCAACCCCUGCAAGAAUGACGGAACCUGCAGUAACCAUCCCGUCGAUUUUUACAGAUGCACCUGUCCAUAUGGUUUUAAGGGCCAAGACUGCGAGGAACCGAUUCAUGCGUGCAUCAGUAACCCUUGUCAGAAUGGAGGCAUCUGUCAUCUGAAAGAUGGAGAGGAGAACACUCACUGGUGUGUGUGUCCAGAUGGAUUUGAGGGCGACGAAUGUGAGAUAAAUAUCGAUGAUUGUGAAGAUAAUGACUGUGAGAAUAACUCUACGUGUGUGGAUGGGAUCAACAACUACACCUGUCUCUGCUCACCUGAAUACACAGCUGCUAAUAAUAAUGAGGUGGAGAAAGGGGAGCUGUGUGAAGAUAAACUGGAUUUCUGCGCUUCAGAGCUAAACCUGUGUCAGCACGACUCGAAAUGUAUUCUAACCACUAAGGGAUUCAUGUGUGAGUGUACUCCAGGUUACACCGGGGAGCACUGUGAGGUGGAUUUUGAUGAUUGUGCAGAUAAUAAGUGUAAAAACGGAGCUCAGUGUACUGAUGCAGUGAAUGGCUACACAUGUGUGUGUCCAGAAGGGUACAGUGGGUUGUUCUGCGAGUUCUCCCCUCCGAUGGUCCUGCCGAGAACAAGUCCGUGUGACCACUAUGACUGUGCCAAUGGCGCACAGUGUGUUGUCAAGGACAUGGAUCCUGUGUGUCAGUGUCUCCAUGGUUACGAGGGCGUGCACUGUGAGAAGCUGGUCAGCGUCAACUUCAUCAAUAGAGAAUCGUUCCUGCAGAUUCCCUCCAACCUCAUUACAGAACAGGCCAAUAUAUCACUACAGAUCGCCACAGAUGAGGACAAUGGAGUGUUGCUGUAUAAAGGAGACAAUGAACACAUUGCAGUGGAGCUCUACAGAGGACGACUGAGAGUCAGUUAUGACUCCGGAUCCUACCCCCCAUCUGCCAUCUACAGUGUUGAGACUAUAAAUGAUGGCAGUUUUCAUGUAGUGGAGCUGGUGGCAAAGGAUCAGUCUCUGUCUCUGUCUAUUGAUGGAGGAAGCCCCAAAUCCAUCAACACUGCCAGCAGUCCCGAUCCAGGACCCAGCCCUGCUCCGCUUUAUCUUGGUGGAAUUCCUCAGCAGUCUGGAUUGGCCUCAUUGCGCCAGGGCUCUGGGAGGAAUGGCUCUAGUUUCCACGGCUGUAUCCGAAACCUCUACAUUAACGACCAGCUCCAGGACCUCACCCAGUUCCUGCUGCAGGAGGGGGUGGUGCCCGGCUGCCAGCCCUGCCAGCGGAGUGUGUGCGCUCAUGGGCAAUGCCAUGCUACCGGACAAUCCUCCUUCAGCUGUGAGUGUGAGGCAGGAUGGACCGGCCCGCUGUGUGACCAGCAGAUCAACAGCCCAUGUGACGGGAACAAGUGUAUCCACGGCUCCUGUCAGCCCAUAAACUCAUACUCGUACAGCUGUCGCUGUCAUCCAGGCUUUGCAGGUGUAUUAUGUGAUGAAGAGGAGCAGUUGAGUCCCUGUCAGUACAUAGCGUGUAAACACGGCCGCUGUCGCGUGUCUGGGCUGGGGAAAGCCUACUGUGAGUGCGACAGCGGCUACACGGGGCAAAGCUGUGAUAGAGAGAUGGCGUGUCGGGGGGAACGGGUCCGAGAUCACUAUCAGACGCAGCAGGGCUACGCAGCGUGCCAAAGCACAGAGAAGGUCUCCCGUUUAGUGUGUCGGGGCGUCUGCGGGGACGGGACCUCCUGCUGCGCCCCUCUCCGCAGCAAACGCAGGAAAUACACCUUCCAAUGCACAGACGGAUCCUCUUUUGUCCAGGAGGUGGAAAAGAUCGUCAAGUGUGGCUGCACAAAAUGUCCAUCCUAAAAACGAAAAAGAAGAAAUGCAUCCUCACGCCCCCCUCUUUUUAAGUCCCCUGUUUCGUUUGACUUUUUUUCUCAGUGUUGGACUAAUGUUUUUCCUUCAGAGGAGAUCAUGGAUUACUGUAAGAUAAAGAACAAACCUAUUUUUUAUUAUGAAGCAGUGAAAAAAGACAAAAAAUAGAUUUUAGAGUUUUUUUUUGUUUGCCAUCAUUUUAGGUACUGUGACAUUUUUGAUUACUUUUUUUUUUUUGGCAAACUCACCUCAGACCAGAAUGGAAAGCAAACACAUCCUGUUGACGCAUUUCACUUUUUUGUGCCAUUCUUUUAUGUGGGUUUUCUAGACUGCCUCAACUCAUUUCACCUGGACUUUGUGAAGGUGAGAAAGUAUCACUAUGGAGACUACAAGGGGUUUCGUCUCUUCUCCUACUUCUUUACAGUGUUCCACAUAAACACACACUAUCAUAGCUGCUCCUAUUCGUUCUCACACACACACACACACACACGUCCCAAUAAAUGGACACAGGAGCUCUUCCAGCAUGCACACACACACACACACACACACACACACACACACACAUCCCAAUAAUUGGACACAGGAGCUCUUCCAGCAUGCACACACACGCACACACACACACGAUCCACAUUAUAAACCAUGUGUAUUUAUUGUAUCAAAAAUACUGUCACAUUACUUAUACUCGGUAUAGCCCUUCAUUUCCCUGGAGUUACAGUUGGAAUUUCUUAAUAUAUAUUAAUUUAUAUUCAUCCUUUUACCAAUUUAAAUCACUCAUAGCUUACUGAGUAGAAUAACUAACGUUGUGUCUCCUUCAUUCGGUUGGUUUGACCAAUGAGACUGUUGUAUUUACCAUUAAAAAAAAGAAGAGAAAAACGAGAAAAAAAAAACUUAGUGGUGUUAUAAAUCUUCAAAUGUGAAGUGAAAACAUUGUAUAUUUUUGUUGAAUCUCCUAAAAAUUUGUAUGGUGACACAGAUGUGCUUUAUAUUAGGGUUUAAAUGUAUAGUUAAAAUCUCCCCAUGUAUUCUGUACAGAGCACAUGCCAUAGCUCAAAA